AAAACGCAUUUUGCAAACGUCAAGUCAACGUGUUUAGUUGCUGUCACGACAAGGCAAUUCCGAAAAAUAUAAACAAGGAAUUUACAGCCAAUUUUCGUUUCUAAAAGUAUUUCAUUACCAAAAUGGAUACUCAAUCAGAUGUUGUUAAAGAAAAAAUUCACACCGAACCCUACCUGAAUGAUCCAGUAUACAUAACCUUAUUGAGUCUUCUUGUUCUCAUACUAACUCUUUUGUUCUGGUGGUUUAUUGGACGUCGGCAUGUACAACGCAGAUCAGUCUUAUUGAUGGGUCUGUCAGACUCCGGGAAAACAUUGUUGUUCGUCAGGAUGGUAUUUGGCCAGUACCGACAGUCAUUCACUUCUAUGAAAGAAAAUGUUUCUGACUACCUGUCUAUAAAUAGUAAAGUGCGAAUUGUUGAUUUGCCUGGUGAAGAGCGUCUCAGAAUGAAGUACUUUGACUCAUACAAGGAUAUGGCUAGAGGAAUUGUCUAUGUUGUGGACUCUGUUACUAUUCAAAAGGAUAUUAGAGACGUCGCCGAGUGGCUGUACACAAUCUUAGUGGACAAGACAGUGCAAAGCGCCUGCCCCCCUAUCCUUAUCUUGUGCAAUAAGCAGGAUCAGCCACUGGCUAAGGGCAGCCAGGUUGUCAAGAAUCUUCUGGAGAAGGAACUCAAUCUCGUGCGCGUUACUAAAUCAAGCCAGCUGGAGUCAGUGGACCCCUCCCAGGCAGACCAGACGGGCUACCUCGGCAAGCAAGGGAAAGACUUCGAGUUUUCACAGUUGAGGAACCGUGUGGACUUCGCUGAGGCUUCAGCAAAUACAGGUGACGAUGACCAACCCACUGACCUGCAGGCUCUGGAAGAAUGGAUAGCGGCGCUUUAAGUAAUGUUUUCGAACUUAUUUGUACACCAGAUGGCUGUAGAAUUGAAGUUGACAUUGUAUAAGGCUUAUAAUCCUACGCACUAGUUGUACUGGGUACCGCAAACUCCUGCGCGGGAUGCUAAAAGAACUUAUUACGAUGAUAAUUCGUGUUUCGUAUAAUGAAGCAUUUCAAUUUUUACUAAUAAACUUUUUAUAGUCUUCACUAGUUUGUGUAACAAACUGAUCUCACGUCUCAGUGGCGCCAUCUGGUGGGCAAGAUAUUAACUUCCAAUAAAUUGUAGGCAUGUUUAAUUUGCAGCAUGUCAGCAUAAAUGGUAUAAUAAAAAUCUUUAUGAGAGGGUAUGUUGAAUAUAUGAAACUUUAUUAUUUUAUAAUACGCUUGAUGGAAAUAGCUACGGCCUUAUGGGGCGAGUAGGCAAGGAGUAGGUGUUUGAGCGAGAUACCACUGUAACACUUUUGUCCCGAAUUUGUUAGAAUGGGCUCUCCAAGCAAGUGACACACAUCUUUUGGCCGUAUAAUCAACAGCCUAAAAUCUAUGUACUGGCCUAUCUGACCCUAUACAUAAAAUAUGUUAGUUGUGUUUCUCUACCAUGCUUUUUAUAUGCAUUUAUAAGUUCCAGUAGAUACCUAUAUUCAGUUAUAAAUUAUAGCUUGGCUAUCUUUUUGUAAUCCUUAGAUAAUAAUGUUUUCAGUACUUAGCCAAUAAUGCCUUGUAUUUACAUUCGUCGUCUCCACUAAUAAAUAUUCGUUGAAGUUUAUACGUUAUAGCUGCCUUAUUCGGGCGCAGUAUACACGACAAAUAUUGAUAUAAGUUUUUCGGCAUUUCAUAUUGCCUUGUCCUAAUAUCCAUAUCAUAAUUUAUUGUAGUGUACUGUGUUCUAUUGAACAAUUUUUUUUUAUUUAGCUAUCUGAAACAUGCAUUUUUUGUUUAAUUGUAAUUUGUAAGGAAUAUUUAUGUAUAUUGUAUUAUCGAAGUGAAGUGAAGGUAAAAGAUUGGUUGUUAUUGGAGUGUGAUGUGAAAUAAUGCAAAUUUGUAUUACUCAGAAUGUUGUUAGGCAUAUUUUUAUACAAAAUAAAUAAGAAAUUGAGCUUACGAAA